AUGGCAUGCCCCCUCAGUCUCGGCGAUAUUCUAUCCGUCGUUCAAAUCUGUUACAACAUCGGCAAAACACUCACUGUAGGCCGACUCGAAGCAAUUCAGGAAUUUAGAGGAGUUGAGAGUAUCCUUCACGCCCUUGGGGAAUCACUAAGACAUCUAGACAAUGAGAUCAAGAAGCCGGGUUCAAUCUUCGCGCGUGGUGCAACUGCCCAAACUGCAAUUCAGCUUGUAUGGAAUUGCUCAGUGAAGUUACAAAGCCUGGAGAAGAUUGUGGUGAAAUACUACCCGGCGAUGACGGAAAGCGAACUCAGUUGGGGGGAGUGGAGCCGGGGGCUUAUGGACAACUACUUGAGGGUAAUGUGGACGAGAGAAGGGAAGGAGUUAACGGCUUUGUCGACUGAAUUGACCCUGCAUAUGACUGCAAUCAACACCUUCAUCUCAACUACAAAUAGCGCGGCGUUGGGAAAUAUCGAUAAUAAAGCGAGCCAUAUACUCAAUGGGAUAGGGGGUCUUGACGGAAAGGCAGAUGUAAUCAUAGACGAGAUCCGCAGGUUACAACAUUCAAAGCCAGACUGUACACACCCCGGGAGCAAUAUAGAAAAGCCAACUACUACCCGAACUCCAUCUCCGGUCGAAAAGCCUGCACCAGUAGUAUCGCCAGACGCUCAUUUUCAUGCCUGGCGGUCAAAACACCCGGAGGGACUACCUUAUGUUUCGGAGCAACGAUGUAGGAAGAUCGAUAGUAUAUCUUUUGAACUUGAGAUAUCCGAGGAGAGGGAAGAUGGAACUAGAUAUCUGAUAUGUCCAAAUGCCCAACUAAAGGGCUUUCAUUUCUCAGCAACCCCACCAGGAAGAAUACGAGAAGAUCUUUUCCAAUGCGAUUGCAAAGGGAGCUCGGUGCUCAGAUCCUCAGGGUGCCAUACAAAACAAUUGAAGGAGUAUUCUUGUGGUCCGAAGACGUUCCUUGCCCAAUCGCACUAUCAAAUAAGCACUCCUCUACGUAGUAAAUGUUGGUGGCUUUUACAAACUCAAACAAAGGCAGGAGUCCAAAAGAAUCUUUUCCUGACAGUCAAGGGAAUCGAAAAACGGCCUCAAUUCACUGAGACUAUCGCGUCAAUGCUCAGGACAAAUGUCGCAAGGAACAUUCUCAGUGGAAUAACAAUGCCUUUCGAUCUUGCCAGGAGGGCAAAGAAAACAUCCUAUGACGGUGACGAUGAUGACCGGCUUCACAUCGCAUGGUCCUAUGAUGAGAGAAGAGUAGGUAAAAUUGGUACAAAGGUCCGCGUAGAUAAACUACCGGGGAAAGAACGGAUCGAGUUUUCAAAUCCGAUGGAAGACCCCAAGAAAAGAAGAUUCUCAUAUGAGGACAAAAUUCAGGAUUAUUUCACGAAGGAGGAGUCCCCCAGCUUCUCAUGGUAUCGGGUAGCCAUGUUUGAAAGUUUAAACAUACACAGCUCCGUCGAAGAUAAUGAUCCUGAAGAUGCACAUUUCUUUCUGGACCAUUUCAACGCCUCUGUAGAAUUUAAGGUGGAAUUGAGUCACCCAAAAGACCCGGGCCAUGUAUAUUGGGGUGUCGGAGAAUUUGGUGGGGCCAAUGCAGAGAUACAUAAAAAAUACAAUCAAUACUCAGAUAAAAAAGAAUCCAAGCCUAACGAACUCAGAUUUAAUAUUUCAAGGUUUACCCUCGCAAAAGGCGAGGACUGGAAUAGUCCACAGCCGGUCAACUGCUCUCUGUGCUUUACCUUUCCCCCUUGGAGUUCAGAGUCACAGAAAACUAUGAGCGGAAUUUGGGGAAAAUACGAAUCACUUUCGACUACGACAGGUCGGUCUGCAACUGAAUUUGCUCUUGCAAGACUAGCCACUCAAACAAAAGGAAAUCCACAAUUUCUGAUGAGAGUCAAAAACGCUAUAUUCGAAAAAGUUUCAAUAAGAAGUCAAGACCAAGAGUCUUUGAACCGACACGAUUUUGAUCCUAGUCAAACUUUCCGUAAUUGCUGGCUUCUUGUGAGGAAAAGCGAAAAUCCCAAAGCACCGUUAAGAUUCACAUUAAGAAGUAUGAGACAAGAUAUCCACUGUAAUAUCUACUUGUCCCCAAAGGAUGCCUUGAGCUCAAGAGUACCCGGAAACUCUAACUAUGAAACGACCUCCAUGGAGCUACACGAGCCCUCCUCCCAGGAGAAUGAAAAAUCUAGAACAUCAUGGUGCUGGAUUUAUCCUCGAGAGCUCUACGGCGCGUCACCUUCCCCUAUUAACAUUUGUGGUUCUUUAAAAUUGAAAUUUGCCUCAGAGUCUGACUUCAACAGCUUCGUAAAGGGUAUGCAAUGUCUUUUGAAUGCUUUAGGGUUGGCAAGUGAAUACGAUACUCUCCCGCCUUACAUGCCGCCAGAGAACCAGUAUACAACUCACAAGCCUAGUAUUAAUAUUCAUUCACAUAUCGAACAAAAUUCUGCAACGAACCUUGAAGACCCACUGCGCCGUUCAAAGACUCUUCCUUCAAAAUCUGAACCACCUCACAUUCUAAGGGAAAGAACCUCCUCUUGGUCUGUGGGAUUAACACCUCCGAGUCCAGAGCUAAAUGCAACGGGACUCCAAGUUAACCCACAAAUGCAGACAUUAAAUAAGCGUAGUAGCAUGUUUGUAAUAACACAGGGGAAAGCAUGGGAGCCAUCCCCGCCUCGUUACGAUCUGCCAGGAUACCAACCACAUGUCGAGAGGUCAGAUCAUAAUUGGCAACAGUCAGGUGUGCCAGGGGCGGUCGUUAUGCCAGACGUUGGCCAUUUUGUCGAAAAUUCUCCAAUCCUGCAAGCCAGUAGCCCAACUAUUAGCAACGACUCGCAUGGCGGCCAAGGAUGGAAUAAGGAAACCAACUACCCCAAUUAUAGUCAUGGGCCGCACCUAGAACGGGCUUGGACAGAGCCUACAAAUAACAACCCCAAGGAUAUGUCACUAAUCCAAAGACCGUUAUCAGUAUUCCCCGAGAAUCCUCAUAACAAUCACUUAAUGCAGAAUACACCAAGAUAUACACACGGUCCUGUAUCAUACCCUCCUCAACUGCAUCAAUGGCAGCAAGACCCCAACCUCCACUAUAAUUACAACAACGGACCGAAGCGCUGUAUCGUGAUAUCAGACUAUGUGGGAUCCCCCCAGAAUAACGAAUUAUCGUUGCGGGCGGGGCAGAUUUAUAAUGUCGUCCCACAGCCGGAUGGUUCACCAUGGGUUUGGAUAGACGGCAAUUCAUGCGGGCCAUCAGGCUAUGCCCCAAAGAGUAACUUGAGGGAAUAUUGA